AUGUCGACGCUGCCGUCCACAUCGGCACUCGGAGCCGCCGCCGCGAGCAGCCAACAACAACAGCAGGCGGCGGCAGUCAUCCGAAGACGUCGGUUCAGUACGGCCAAGAUUCAGCCGACGCGCAUCAAGAAGGUGAUGCAGAGCGACGAGGAGAUCGGUCGAAUGGUGCAGUCGGUGCCGGUGAGCAUCGGAAGGGCCAUGGAGCACUUUGCGGAAAAGUUCCUGCAGGUUAGAUUGGGAAUCUUGGAGUUUUGGGAUACUGUACUGCUGAAAUUAGGUAACUGUUUCUACAUAGACAUUUUAGAGUUUCUGACCUAGGACACUCCGAAGUUUUGUCUUGAACUCCCAAUACACUAAUUUCAGUAGUAAUAGGUAAUUCCCUCUUUGAAAUGUCAUCUAGGUUUCUUUAUUAUUAGAGUGAUUCAUCGGUAAACCUCAUUUCUUAGGCAGCAGCCGACGCCACCCAAUUCACGUCAUCUAAAACUUUGAAUCCACAACACAUGAAACAGGCGGUGCUCAACAAUCCGCACUUUGCCUUCCUCGAAUCCGUCUUCAAAGAUGUCACACUUCCGCAGCAAUCGGCCGAUAUGAACACGGCUCGUGCUGCGAUGACGCUGAAAGAACAGCAAAUACUCCAGGAGCAGCAGAAGACGGACGUUGCGAACGCGACGCUGGCCAACGAGCAGCUGAUUCUGGGGCAGUUGGAGCAGCAACUGAUCCAACCGGUACCCCUCUACCUGCAAGGAAUCCCGCCGGCCAACUAUCCGAUCUCGCAGGGUCUCCCCCCUUCGGUUCCGCUCUCUCCGAGCACGCCGACGACGCAGCUCUCGAUCGGAAUGCUCCAAAUGUUCAGAGGGAAGACGGCGACGGAAGGAGGACGAAUCAACGGAAUCAAGAGAGGCUCGACGGACAGCGGAGCCGAUGAGGACCGUCCGAAGCGCGGGAGGCCGAAGAAGUUGAAGCCGGAGAAGUGCGUGGACGACGCGCUUUUUGAGGAGGCGACUAGGAAUAUUGCAAAGGUAUUGAAAUUGAAAACGGAUGACGUGAUAUAAUUAUGUGCUUUCAGGAAGACAAGGAUCGCGAACUGAUGCCUCCGCCAGCUCUUCCGAUCGGUCGUCCGUGA